UCACGCACCUGAUCUUUGUUGUCCUUAGCUACAAGGGAGAAAAUACAAGUGAGAGUUAUAUCUUUUCCCCUGGUUGUUUCCAAACACAAAUCAAAAUAAAUUCAAACGGUGUCAAGUAUAUCCGCUGUCGCAGCGGCAAGAUGUCUUCGCAAGAUGCAAAGCUGUACCUCUCUGAACGAGAGGUACCGAGGCUGUUUGAGUGUCUCAUGACCGGCCUAAUGUUUCAUCGGCCAUCUGACCACAUCCAGUAUCUUAUUGAAUGUCUGGAAAAAGUGAAGCAAAGUGGGCAGGAAAAGCUACGAUGGAACAUCUUUGUUGAGAUGCAACAGAGCAAAGUACCGCUUCCUCCGAUAUCUCCAAGCAAUGGACACCGCCCCAUUUCAAGAGAGCUGCCUUCAAGCCCUAAAGAAUCUUCAGAAUCUACAAAAUUCAAAAAGGAUGAUCAACCAAGGACACCUGUUCAUGCUACUUCCCCCCUGCCUCCUAUCAAGGACAAGAUCAUUCCUGAUGUACCCAUAAUAUUUCUCAUGGGUGGUCCUGGCAGUGGAAAAUCUACCCAAGCUAACCUCCUUAUUCAGAAAUACCCAGGAUGGCAAACUAUCUCCAUGGGUGAGCUGCUUCAGGCUCAGGCAUCAAACGAGAGCUCUGGCAACGCCAAAUGGAAAAUGGUCAAUGAUCUCAUGUCCAAAGGAGAAAUGGCACCAGAGGAUGUUGUGGGAACACUGCUGGUUCAGGCUAUCAAAGACCAUUCCCAAGCAAAAGGCAUCAUCAUCCAGGGUUACCCAAGAGACUUGGAGCAGGCCAAAGAAUAUGACAGACUGGUGGGUCGAGUGGAUGCUGUAUUUUUGCUUGACUGUGAAGAGGAGACCCUAUCCAAGCAGCUGCUGAAGCGAGCUUCCUCCAAUCGUUGCAUUGACAAUAAUGUCAACACAGUGGCCAAGCGCAUUCAGUCCUUUAAAGAGAAAACUCUUCCUGCACUGAAACAUUACGAUGACAAGGGGAAACUAUUUAUAGUGGAGGGGGAGAAUGACAUGGAAGAGAUUGCACAGGAUCUUGCCGUCCUCUUUGAAAAGGUUACUGGACUGAAAGCCAUGACAAAACCGCAUCAGCAGAAGAAGACUCCACAAGGUGGUAGAUCAUCACCACCAGCAGCACCAUCAGCACCUCCACCAGAAGUUGAUGUGCAAGGUCUUCCAGCUCACUUGCUGCCACCUGAAAUUAAGAUCAAAGAUGAAGGUCGAAGGGCAGGCCUUCCAAAGGCACCCGUCAUCUUUUUUGCAGGAGGCCCAGGAAGUGGUAAGGGCACUCAGUGCAAAAAGGUCACAAAGCACUACCCAGGGGCCAUGUAUAUCUCAGUGGGUGAAAUCCUUCGGGAUCAAAUCGCCAGACAUGGUAAUGUGGAUGAGAAGUGGUCAAUGAUAUCAGACUUGCUUAGGAAAGGGGACCUUGCACCAGAGGAGGAGACUGUGGACCUUCUCAUUGAGGCCAUGCAGGCUCAGCCUGAGGCUCAUUUCUACCUCAUUGAGGGAUUUCCCAGAAACCUGCAGCAGCUGGAAGACUUCAAUGCCAAAAUUGGCGGGAUGGCCUUCACCUUUCUCCUGGACUGUGAGGAGUAUGUUCUGCACCAGCGCCUCAGCCUGCGAGGCAAGGAGAGUGAACGCAUCGAUGACAAUCUAGUGGCAAUAGGCAAAAAACUCACUUUUUUUAAAAACAACACCAUGCCCAUUUUAAAAGCAAUAGAUGACCAAGGAAAACUUGUCUGGAUUAAUGGUGACAGAGACUCUGAGGAGAUUUUCUUUGACAUCAGCCGAUCUUUGGAUUUUGCCAUCUAUAGCAAGCUACCAUCUCAUGGGGAAGCAAAGGAAGAGAAAGCUGACAAGGCUGUUCUUCAAGAUGCCAAGGUUGUCUUUGUUAUCGGUGGACCUGGCAGUGGCAAGGGCACACAAUGUGAGAAAAUUGUGCAGAAAUAUGGCUUUACACACCUGUCUUCAGGUGACCUCUUGAGGGCAGAGGUUGCCUCAGGGUCAGAACGAGGGAAGAAACUCACAGCCAUCAUGGAAAAAGGAGAGCUAGUGCCACUGGAUACUGUUCUGGAACUGCUGAAGGAGGCCAUGCUUGCCAAGGCAGCUACAAGCAAAGGAUUCUUGAUCGAUGGCUACCCACGUGAACUUGAACAAGGAAUCCGCUUUGAGAAAGAGGUUGCUCCAGCAAAGUUUGUUCUCUGCUUUGAUGUGUCGGAUGAAACAAUGACCCAGCGUCUGCUAGGUCGCGCUCAGACCAGCGGUCGAGUGGAUGAUAAUGAGGAGACCAUCAAGAAAAGGCUUGAGACAUUCCACAAAGUGACUCAGCCCGUCAUUGACCGUUAUGAGCAAGAGAAUAAAGUGCGAAAGAUCAAAGCUGAAGGAGACGUGGAUGAAGUGUUUGCAGAAGUUGUCAAAGUCUUUGAUGAAGAGUUCAAGACAGAUGCUAGGGAAGCUCUGAAAAAUGUGAAAGUGAUAUUUGUCAUUGGUGGACCUGGAAGUGGUAAGGGCACACAGUGUGCUCUAAUUGUUGAGAAAUUUGGCUACACCCAUCUGUCCUCUGGUGACCUCUUGAGGGCAGAGGUUGCUUCAGGCUCAGAACGUGGAAAAGCCUUAAAUGAAGUCAUGCAGCGAGGUGAACUUGUGUCUUUGGACACAGUACUGGAGCUGCUGAAGGAAGCAAUGGUUGCCAAGGCAGCCACAAGCAAAGGCUUCCUCAUUGACGGCUACCCACGGGAACUGGAGCAGGGCACACGAUUUGAGCAAGAGGUGGCUGAGGCACAAUUCGCCCUUUAUUUUGAGGUGUCAGAUGAAACAAUGACAAAACGACUUCUGGGUCGAGCAGAGACAAGUGGCCGGGUUGAUGACAAUGAAGAGACAAUCAAAAAAAGGCUAGAGACAUUCCAUGAGGUCACUAAGCCGGUCAUCAACUACUACAAGAAGUUGGAUAAACUCAAGACAAUCUCUGCAGAGGCAGGCCCUGAUGAGGUAUUUGCUGAGGUACAACCUCUAUUUCAAGAGCUUGAAGCAGGUGGCAAGCUGAAAGAUGCCAAAGUCAUUUUUGUUGUUGGUGGCCCAGGAAGUGGGAAGGGCACUCAGUGUGCAAACAUUGUCAAACAGUAUGGCUUCUGCCAUCUUUCCUCUGGUGAUCUUCUCAGGGAUGAGGUCAAGGCUGGGUCGGAGAGAGGCAAGCGGCUGAAUGCCAUUAUGGAGAAGGGAGAACUAGUGCCUCUGGAUGAGGUGCUUGGGCUUCUGAGAGAUGCCAUGGUGAAGGAGAGUAGCAAGACAAAAUGCUUCCUCAUCGAUGGAUAUCCUCGUGAGCUAGAACAGGGCAAACGAUUUGAAAGUGAGGUGGCCCCAUGUACAGCUGUGCUGUACUUUGAAGUGUCAGAUGAGACCAUGAACCAGCGACUGUUAGAGCGAGGCAAGAGUAGCGGUCGUGUGGAUGACAACGAGGAAACAAUCAAGAAACGACUGACUACUUUCCACAACCAGACCACCCCUGUCAUUGAUUACUAUGACAAGCAAAAUAAAGUGUGCAAGAUCAAAGCAGAAGAUUCAAUUGAUGCUGUCUUUGUAGAGGUGAAGAAAUUUAUGGACAGCAAGGCAUGGUGAUAGAGAGGGUUCUGUCACUGCUACGACUUCGUUCUUUGCCUGAUCUUGUUCCCUGGGUACCCUCAUGUCUGGUCUUUCUAAAAUGCUACAUACUGUUUUGUUGCCACGGCAACCAAGCUUCAAGGGCAAGGCUUUGAUUGGUGGUCUUGUGACUUGUGAAUGUUAAUUUUAAAGGCAGGGCGUCUUUCUGUAUUGUGAUGGUAGAAAAGCAGACGUCAGUUCCUAUUCCUAGCUGAUGCAGCUGCUAAAAGAAUAUUUUGUUUUUCUGAAGCAGGUUUCAGGUUCCUCAAGCAAAGGAACCCUUUUGUAUGGAGUAAAAAUAAAACUUCUCGGAAAAUGUGUGGGAGUUUUGAUAGGUAGUUGAUGGUCCCUCAUCUUUGUAUAAAUCAAAUUUGGAGCAAUAUACACUGUGAAGAUUUAUUUAUAGUCUUGAUCAUAUUUAUAAAUCUUUACACAUGUUUAUCUAAAAUCUGUUUCCCCAUCAGCAAAAUAACUUCAGGGUUGUAGUAGUGUUACACCCUCACUCCUACUUGAUGAAGUGAUGAAGCAGGUUAUUUACUAUUUCUUGAAAGAAAUGUAGAGCUACUUCAAUAUCAGUAAAUUUCAACUUAAAUACAAAGGAUUUGAUAAUAAAGCUUUAAUUUUUUAAAGACAUAAUUAAAAAGGGUGCAUAGUGUGCCAAAGAAGUGUCUUAGGCAGUGUAGGCAUAGAACAUGGCAAUUGUAGAGAGUGUGAACUGAGAAGACUUUUCUUUGAAGCCUUUGAAAGUAAACAAAUUAAAUAUUGCUAUGGUGAUCCUUGAUUUGAAGACAAAGGAUAGAAAGUCUUAAAAAUGUAUUACCUUGACCUCUUUUAUAUAUUUUAUUUAACAAGUCGCCUUGUAGAAAUAAUAUUAUAUAUUUUCUAGACAUGGUAAAACUGUCUUGAAAGCAAAGUGACAGGAUGCACAAAAGAUUUAAACAGAAGAAAAUUGAUCUGCAAUUAAUAUGUUUUAUAUCUUAUUCAUUUUCACAUUCUUGUCUUAUCUCUGUGUGAUAUUUUUUUCAUGUUCCAGUUCUGACUGGUUUUAUUAUCUGGUUUUGCCACCACACUAGUACUGUGUAGUUUUAUGAAGACGUUGAUAUGUCUAGAAAAAGAUUUCUUUUGAGAAUUCUUAUAAUAGUCCUAGCUAUAUUGCUUACGGUCUAUAUCUGGUUUGAAGAUUUAGUCACAAGCUCCAGGAAAUUUUCUUUCAUACCCAGCAAACAAAAGAUUGAAAUAGUUUAGUUGGACUUGAGCAUCAGGCAAUGGCAAUUUGUGACAAGAUGUGCAGACUGUCAGCUAAAAUUCUUAUGAAAUAUAAGCAGUUUGGUUAACUGCUAUACGACUUAGUAUCCAGCUGGUGUGUGUGCAUCCGACCCAAGGUUUUUGAUAUGAUUCUUAACAUUUGCAAUGCAUACAGUUAGUCUAAACAGAAGGAAAACCUUACUCUCAAGACUAAUCCUUACCCGAAUGUUUGUGGAAUGUAAUUGUUCUAAAGUUUGAUAAAGCAUCUUAUUUUUUCAAGAAAUGAGCUUCCUUCAUUAAAAAAAAGAUUUUAUUUUUAUGUCUUUCAUGUAAAGUUUUCUUGCUGUUAAAUUAUUUUCUGUGAUGAAUGAUGUGAUUAGGAGGCAGCUCUCUAAAGGCUGCCUUGCAUCAGGAAAUGCUCAAAUCUUCUUUUAGCUCAGGUUAGCUUUGUGUGCAAAGCAUUGGCUGUUUUUACUGAGGGAUUUGGGGGAAGUAAAAAUGAUGCAAAAAAAUGAAUUUGCUUAUGCCAUUAUGUAUACAUUUGUUUCCUUGUGCCAUUAUGUAAAUAUAUUUUAUUGCAUCAUUGAUGGUUAGCCAAAAUUAUUUGUUGGCACAGUAAGGGCCCUCUUCAAGAGGUAUGAGUGACCGUCUAAAAUUAUAGCUGACUUUUUAAAAUCUAGAUAGUCUGCAACUGUGGACAGGUCACUUGUUAGAAGACCAUUUCUUCAUCCCAUGCCUGACUUUUCUUAUUUUCUCUCACAUCAACCAAGUCAUAGAAAGGCUUUGUGCGAGCAUACCUUCCUUUUCUUUUUCUCUUGCUUCCAGAGGUUGGUAGCCACAAGGUGGUUCAUGCUGCUGAAAAUUUUGUGCUCAUCUUCAGGUUGAUCCCCUAAACUCUAACAUCCUAAGAGCCAAAAGAUUUAGGGUUUGUUUCCUACAUCUCGACAUUGUGAUGCUGUUUAUUUCUAAUAAGUGCUGUAUAUGUGUGCUUGAUCUGAGAGUAAAUGACUGUCUUCCAUGAUGUUUCACUGAGAGAUACAGUAUAGUCCUGCACCCUGCUGACCUGUUGACCACAGGUACAUGCAGCUUUUGAACUCUAGCAGAGAGACAUUAUGUGAAGCUGUAGAACAUCAGACUAUGAACAUCUUGGUAGAUUUUUUUUUCUGUUGCCGGCACCAUCACAGUCUAAUAGAUUCCAUCCUAAUUGUAGGCUAGAGAGGUGAAGACUGAACACUUUUGUUACUCUGGCAAGUGUGAGGACAGCUGACAUUAUCUGCCUUAGAAAAAGAGAGCACAGCAAAAGGGAGUGCAGAACGCCAUGCAAGCACAUACCAUACCUAUGCUGAUAUAAUUCAUCAAAUAUGUGAUAGGCUUAUGUCUGUGAGACAGAUUUCACUGCACAGCUGCAUCUAGGACAUGCUGUCUGAACCAGCUCGGCAAAACACUUGUAACCAAUUUUAAGUUGUCUGUGAUAAUCCUGACCUUCUGUUGGAAUGUUUGCACUCGUGCCCUAGAAUACUUAUUUUCUGCUUUUGCCUGUUUGUAUUUUCUAUGCCCAUCACAGUGUAAUAGCAUGGGAAUAAAGACUAUCACGAAAAUA